AUGAGCUCGUACAGUGUUGCUGGAGGAGGCGGUAGUAUCAGGGUCUCACAGGCCGGGAGAACCUUCGCCGCUGGCGCUGGUGGCGGCCUCGGUGGAGGAGCUGGUGCAGCUUUCAGUGCAGGUGGAGGUGGAGGAUUUGCUGCAGGUGCAGGUGGAGGAUUUGGUGCAGGCUUUGCUGCAGGUGGAGGAUUUGGGGGUGGCUUUGGCGGAGGAGCAGGGAUGGACGACAGCGUCAUCGGCAACGAGAAGUUCACCAUGCAGAACCUCAACGACCGUCUCGCCAACUAUCUCGCCAAAGUGGCGUCGCUGGAGAAGGCCAACGGCGAGCUGGAGCUGAAGAUCAAGCAGUUCGUGGAGACGAAGGCUGGCCCGGCCGCCAGGGACUACAGCGCCUUCUACACCACCAUCGCCGAGCUGCAUGCCAAGAUCCAGGAUGCCAUCAUCGCCAAAGGUACCGUCAUGUUGAGCAUCGACAACGCCCGGCUCGCAUCAGACGACUUCAGGUUGAAGUACGAGAACGAGCUGGGGAUGCGUCAGUCGGUCGAGGCCGACAUCGCCGGGCUGAAGGCGUUGUUGGGAGAGGUGGACGUGGCCAAGACUGACCUGAACAUGCAGAUCGAAGCCCUGAAGGACGAUCUGGCAAGCAUGAAGAAGAACCACGAGGAGGACCUGGUGUCCAUGCGCUCUCAGAUGAGCGGUCAGGUGAAUGUGGAGGUGGACGCUGCUCCUCAGCAGGACCUCAACAAAGUCAUGGAGGAGAUCAGAGAGCACUACGAAACCGUCGCCGCCAAAGCACUCAAAGACGCAGAGGGCUGGUUCCAGGCCAAGUCGGAGGUCCUCACCAAGGAGGUGGCAGCCACAGAAAUGACACUGAAGACAUCAACCGUGGAAGUGAAGGAAGUGAAGAGUCAGCUUCAGGCUCUGGAGAUUGAGCUCCAGUCUCAGCUCAGCAUGAAAAUGUCCCUUGAAGCCCAACUCGCCGAAGUCCAGAGCAGCUACGGCAUGAAGAUGGAAGGAUUCCAGAUGAGGGUGAGCAGUCUGGAGGAGCAGCUGGUGCAGCUCAGAGCAGACCUGGAGAGGCAGGGACAGGAGUACCAGAUUCUCCUGGACAUCAAGACCAGACUAGAGCUGGAGAUCGCCGAGUACAGGAGGCUGCUCGACGGAGAGGGAGGCGGAUCUUCGCUCUCCUCCUCUACCUCCACCACAACCAAAACAGUCAUCACAAAGGUUGUGGAGGAAACCAUCUGAGGCCAAUCACGUGUCUGUCUGCCCGGGGUUGGAGUCGGAUCUCCACCUUUCUUCACCUUCCUGCAUGCUGGGCGAGCGCACACCUCCACCUGAAGAUCGCUUCUCACCUUCACAUCACACCAGUUUCCUGCUUCACAGGAAACCACAGCCGGUCUAAAGAUGGAGGGUUUGUGAGGGGAAGCCUUUUCUUGGCUUAUGCUGGUGAAAAUUUACUGCUGUGCCUGCAG